UUGACAUGACUGAAUAGAAACUGCAAGUCCUCCCAGCAUCCAAUAAAUAAAUGACCACGUGUGAAUGGUCGCGUGGUGAGGUGAAACAGUGAAACUCAACGCAAACGAAAACCAAGACCAAAGAGACGGAACAAACAUGAACUGGUGAACUGGUGCAGUGGUGCUCCUCUCUCGAUCUGGAUUACUUGUAGUAGCCAGCUUCAAAGAAUCCAUUGCUACGUACCAACUUUGAGAGGGCAACUUGCUGAAUAGCUAUUAUAGAAGGGGAAAGACCAGAGGCAUCAGUCUACUAGUUCUCUAGAAUCGAUUCAUCAAGCUCAAAGAAGAAGAAAAAUGAUUUGUCAAUUUCUGUGCCGAUGGGUAGUCCUGGUGUUCCUGGUGGUGGCGGCGGCUCUUGCAGCAGAUCCAGUCUCGGCGUCUCAGGCAUCUCUUCCGUCGAGAACCAGUACAAUCACUGGCAGCAGUAGCAGCAGUAAUCACACUUCCAACAGCAGCAGCAACAAUAACAAGAGUUUUAUUCCCUUACCGGGAGGACGAACGGUCGACGAUGUACUCCAAGAAAAGCAACAAGUCUUGCGGGGUGGCGCUACUACUACAUCAAUGCAUGAUCCACUGCUCCGAACGGAAUACAUUGCCGAUACCAAAUUGCCCACGGAUCGAGGCAACUUUCGUAUGAGAGCCUAUCGAGUCGUUGGCAGUCAUUCCCAUGCGUACCGCAAUACCGAAGCCAUGGAACCCAUUGUCAUUUAUGCCGCCGAUAAACCACCCUUUGGAACCGACAAUCAACUGCUGGAAAAUGUGCCUGUUCGAGUGCAUGAUCAAUGUCUCACUUCGGAAGUCUUUCAGAGUCAACGUUGCGACUGCAAAGAGCAAUUGGCCUUAUCGAUGGACUAUGUCCAACGCCACGGUGGCGCGGUCAUUUACUUACAACAAGAAGGACGUGGCAUUGGAUUGGCCAACAAGGUGGCCGCCUACGAGCUACAAGAUUAUGGACUCGACACGGUCGAUGCCAAUGUCCAAUUGGGAUUUCCAGACGAUGCUCGUCAGUACGGUGUGUUGCCCGGUAUUCUGCGCGACUUGCAUGUCGGCAGUAUCCGACUCAUGACCAACAAUCCACGCAAAAUACAACGAUUGACGGCAUUGGGGAUUGUGGUGGUAGAUACCAUUCCCAUUUUGGCAUUGCCCAAUCGACACAAUCGCAAAUAUCUGCAAACCAAACAGGAACGCAUGGCACAUACCAAUUUUGGACACAUUUUAUCCAAUCAACAACCAGGGGAAGAAGAACUUCCCUCUCAUGCCAUUACCUAUCGAUCAAAUACAAACACAAAUACAGAAAUGACACCACGGCGGCCACCACCGCCAUCAUCAUCAUCAUCCGGACAUCAUUUUGGCAGUUAUUGAAGAAUAAUUACAUGUAAUGGAUCAAUGAGAUCCAAAGAUCGAGGUGUGUGGCUCUGUCCCUUUGUGAAGUAACUGAAAAAGCCAAAACCAGCCAGCAAACGAAAAUGCAAAUAUCAAGCAAACGAGAAAGCAACCAACCAAAGGAAAGGAAACAAGUGUGUUCCGCCAGCCAAUACGGUAUUACAAUCAUCAUAACAAACGUUGUAUAAUAGAGACAUCAUGUUCACUGGGAUGUGCAAUCAAACAGUACCAUGCGUUUCUUUUUACGUGGACUGAC